AUGACAAACAAUACUACUCUGACUCCCACAACGACUCCCAUGACAGUUAUGUUCAGACCCGAUCACAUGGAUCACGCUUAUCCCGUGCUCUAUCCAAAGCGACCAAUACCGCUAAACGAUCAGUACCAGCUGCUUAUCCAGCAGCAACAAAUAAUGACGCUGUACGACUAUUAUCUCUGCCAGCGAACCACCAGGGGACAGCACAGCAUCAGCCGCUCCGCAGCUACCUCGCCCACCAGUUCUACCUCAUCGCCGCCGUCGCCGCCCACGGCCCUGACCUCGCCCACCAGCUCGUUGAACGGCAGCCUGGCCGCUGCCGUCUACAACCUGCACAGCCACGCCCACGGGCACGUCCUGGGCCACGCCCAGGCCACCUCACCACCGCGUCCCGGAAGCGUGGGUAGUAGUGUUGGCAGCAACCUUUGCUCCUCCACUUCCACCAGCGGCAACGGGAGCAACAGUAGCAGCGCCAACCACAACGCCAACACAAAUAGCAACAACGGAAACGCCAACAGCAGCAACAACGGCUCAAGUCCUGGCAGCCAGGCGGCAGCGGGUGGGGGCGUAGCACAGGCAGGCACUCCGCAGCUACCGCUCCGCAUGCCGCCACCCACCAGCGGCGGCAUCAACGAGCCGCAGGAGUGUCCCUACUGUCGCCGAACCUUCUCGUGCUACUACUCACUGAAGAGGCACUUUCAGGACAAGCAUGAGCAGUCGGACACGCUUUACGUGUGCGAGUUUUGUCACCGACGGUACCGAACCAAGAACUCUCUGACGACACACAAGAGCCUGCAGCAUCGUGGCUCGAGCGGUAUGCUCAAGCGGCUGCUCAAGACGUCGGCCAUCAAGCACGGGCUGGUGGGCCACGGCCAUGGACAUGGACAUGGCCACCACCCGCAUCCGCACCACCACGCCCUCUCCCAUCCGCGCACCAGCCUGUUCGACUUCACCAGCGAGCUGGGACAGCCGCCGCCGGGCAUCCAAUAG